AUGGCUCAUUUCCAGCCGGAACCAUGUCGAACAGCGUACAGACUCGCGGACUCGCAAUCAGUACUAAGGCUGGAACUGCAGGAGAACGCAGAGCUCGUAUCCGGGGCUAUCAGUGCCUACAUUCUAUCGAAUAUCGAAUCUCUACAAGACGAGUCGGACCGGGCAUAUGUUGAACAAGUCCUCCGCGUCAAAGCCGAGGCUACUCUGCUGGGGCUGGGAGUAUUGUCUGAAAUCCCAGACAAGGUUGUGAAAAGCACCGGACGGGUGGAGCAGAUAGUGAAGAAGAGCGGUUCCUUCCUUAUAGCUCGUGAUUAUUCCAUCUACUUUGUACAUCAGUCUGCCAAGGACUGUUUGAUCGGAAAGGGUGACCUGAGCGUAUUCCCCUCUGGAUCUGCGGUAACCCAUCGCUGUAUGUUCACGCAAUCUCUGCAGAUCAUGAAGAAGGUAUUGCGGCGCGACAUGUACAGUCUGGGCGCCUUAGGUACUCCUAUCAACCAGGCCCAGCCGCCUGAGCCAGAUCUACUUGCAUUCGCACGCUACUUAUGUGUCUACUGGGUGAACCAUUGA